UGAGCUCCAAUGACAGCCUCAUUUGCCAAAUCCCCAUUUGCCGCUCUCGCUCUCUCACACUAACUCCAGCGACUGCGAGCAAUGGAGAUGGCGAUGAGCUUCCACAGUCCUCUCAAAUCGUCCCUCUCUAUCAACCACUCUCUCAGAAACCCUAAGCGAAGCUCCUCUUCUUGUCUCCUUUCUAAACAAUUUUUCGGCCAGAGCUUUCCCUCGUCACUAACUGCUAAAACCACUUUAAGUUUCGGUUCCUCUUCGAGUUCUUCCGGUCGUACCUCGAUAAAAUGUUCAGUUUCUGCUGCCACAGAAACUGCCACUGGGAAAAGAAGUUCAUUAAAGACAAGAAGAGACAUAAGAAAUAUUGCCAUAGUUGCUCAUGUAGAUCAUGGGAAAACAACCUUGGUUGAUGCAAUGUUGAGACAAGCAAAGGUCUUUCGUGAAAACCAAUUUGUCCAAGAAAGGAUAAUGGAUUCAAAUGAUCUAGAGCGUGAAAGGGGAAUUACAAUUCUUAGUAAAAAUACAUCAAUCACUUAUAAGGAUACAAAGAUUAAUAUAAUUGAUACUCCUGGUCACUCUGAUUUUGGUGGCGAAGUGGAGCGUGUUCUCAAUAUGGUGGAGGGUGUUCUUCUAGUGGUAGACUCUGUAGAGGGUCCAAUGCCACAGACAAGAUUUGUUCUAAAGAAAGCACUGGAAUUUGGUCAUGCAGUUGUUGUUGUUGUUAAUAAGAUUGACAGGCCUUCAGCUCGUCCAGACUUUGUCAUUAACUCCACUUUUGAAUUGUUUAUUGAACUAAAUGCAACAGAUGAGCAGUGUGAUUUUCAAGUAAUAUAUGCAAGUGGUAUCAAGGGAAAGGCUGGUUUAUCUCCGGAAAAUCUGGCAGAUGAUCUUGGACCACUGUUUGAAGCUAUCAUCAGAUGCAUACCAGGGCCACACAUUGACAAAGAUGGUGCAUUGCAGAUGCUUGUUACAAACACUGAAUAUGAUGAGCAUAAAGGACGGAUAGCUAUUGGGCGUUUGCAUGCUGGGGUGCUACAAAGAGGAAUGGAUGUGAGGGUAUGUACCUCAGAAGAAGAAUGUAGAUUUUCCAAAAUAAGUGAGCUUUUUGUAUAUGAAAACUUCAGUAGGGUUCCUGUAGAGAGAGUGGAAGCUGGUGAUAUCUGUGCCGUAUGUGGUGUUAGUGAUAUACAGAUUGGGGAGACAAUUGCUGAUAAAACUUCUGGGAAACCAUUGCCUACCAUUAAGGUUGAAGAGCCAACAGUUAAAAUGUCAUUCUCUAUCAACACAUCACCUUUUGUUGGCCGUGAGGGAAAGUAUGUAACUAGUAGAAAUCUGAGAGAUCGACUCUACCGUGAACUUGAGAGAAAUUUGGCUAUGAAAGUUGAAGAUGGUGAAACAGCAGAUACUUUCAUUGUUAGUGGGAGGGGUACUUUACAUAUCACCAUACUGAUAGAAAACAUGCGAAGGGAAGGAUAUGAGUUCAUGGUGGGACCACCCAAGGUUAUCAACAAGAAAGUGGAUGACAAGUUGCUGGAACCUUACGAGAUUGCUACUGUUGAGGUGCCCGAGGAAUACAUGGGACCUGUAGUUGAACUUUUGGGUAAAAGACGUGGGCAAAUGUUUGAUAUGCAAGGACUUGGGUCAGAGGGAACAACAUUACUUAAAUAUAAGAUACCGACUCGUGGCCUUUUAGGAUUGAGAAAUGCAAUUUUGACGGCAUCUCGAGGAACAGCAAUCCUCAAUACUAUAUUUGAUAGUUAUGGACCAUGGGCUGGAGAUAUUAGCACCCGAGAUCAGGGUUCUUUGGUUGCAUUUGAGGAUGGAACCACCACGUCAUAUGCUCUCUCUAGUGCACAAGAGCGAGGUCAGAUGUUUGUUAGCCCAGGCAUGGAAGUUUAUAAAGGCCAGAUAGUCGGCAUUCAUCAGCGACCAGGUGACUUGUCUCUUAAUGUAUGCAAGAAGAAAGCUGCAACAAAUAUACGUUCCAACAAGGAACAAACAGUGGUUCUUGAUACCCCUUUGGAUUAUAGUCUGGAUGACUGCAUAGAGUACAUUGAAGAAGAUGAGCUUGUGGAGGUGACUCCAUUAAGUAUUCGCAUGUGCAAAAACCCAAAACUAGCAAAGAAGAAGUGAAUACCUGGCGGAGAAAUGAGAUUGCGUAUCAACUGUCUUCCUACUAAACUCAGAUCAAUCACCCGCCAUUCCUUGGCAGUCAAACUUUAUCAACUUCAGUUGAUGCAAGAAUAUGCCAGUUCUCUCUUACAAAGAUUAGUGUAUGACAGAUUAUCCAUAUCAUAUUCACCAAGGAGAUGAAACUAAGAGACGCAUAGGGUGGUAUGAGACAAGAUUUCCCCCUGAUUUCUUGUGUAUAUAGCCAGUAUUGAAUCUCAAGAUCAUUCCCCUUCGGGAUCUCCAUUCUUAAGAACGUCGGAAAACUAAUCCUGGAACCACAGAAAUGAGAAUCUUCAUUAUUUAUUGUACUUCCUACCCAAAGAUGAUAAGCGUCAGAGUAAUUAUUAUUAUUAUUACUUUUCUAAAUGUGAUGCAGAUAAAGCAAGGAGACAUUAAAUUAUUUGCAGAAAUCAGUUUCACCUGUCAAGGUUGAUCAUAUUUUCUUUCC